AUGAACGUAUCUAAUCUUACACCACAACCUCAGGAAACAGACUCCUCGAAAAAUGAAUUCAAAAUAUAUCAAGACCGAGGACUUGCUAAGAAUGUUAAAUUGGUCCAUGGGGUAAACCCAGUAUUAUUAGUGGAAAAAAUCACUAGAGAGAAGAUUCAAGACUCAAUAUAUUGGAAAUUAAAUUGCUUUGGUAUAAAUAUAAUCGGAUUCAUUGAAAAGGCCUCAAGUUUGCAGCUUUUAGCGGGGACAAAUAUCUCUAAUAAUCCAUCGCAUUUCCAAUGUCUUAUUCUUAAGCUCUUGCAGAUCCAACCCUCGGAAGAAGUGAUCAGGGAAUUCUUGGAGCAAAAAUAUUUCAAAUACUUGACCUGUGUCGCAUUAUUUUACGUUAGACUAUGCUACGAUUCAAAAGAAGUGUACGAAGUGCUAGAACCAUUCUAUGAGGAUUUUAGAAAAAUUAGGAUACGGGAAAACGCCUAUUCCGAAGUGAAAGAGUACCAUAUUGAUGAAUUUGUAGAUGAUAUGUUGCGGAAGGAAAGAGUGUGUGAUCUUAUUUUACCUAGACUAGUGGAUCGAUUAGUGUUGGAAGAUAAUGGGGAUUUAGAACCAAGGAAGAGUAUUUUCGAAAAUAGUGAAAGUGAAGAGAGUGAUGACGAAGUUGACGAAGAUGAGUUGUAA